AUGCCGAUGAAGACCAACUCCGUCGAAAAUCCUACAGGGUGCGGAUGUGUGGAUAAUUACUGCCGCAAUAUUGAGGGCCUUCGUGAGAGAGAAUUCCCCGACAUGCAAAGAAGCGUUUAUCUUGAUCAUGCUGGAACAACACCCCAUGCCGCUUCUAUGGUUACAAACACUCACGACAGCAUGCCUAAAUUAUAUGGCCACCCGCAUUUCACGUCUCCUUCUGCCAAGCGGUCCAAGAUUCUAAUAGACGAUAUUCGACUCCGUGCGCUCGCGUUUUUCAAUGCUGAUCCCGAUAAUUAUGACCUUGUAUUUGUCGCAAACGCCACCAGCGCCGUCAAGCUAGUCGCCGAAUUCUUUCGAGACGUUUGGUCCUAUGGAUUUCAGUAUGGAUAUCACAUUGACUCCCAUACCAGGCUUGUAGGCCUACGAAAACUUGCCACGGCGGGUUAUUGCUGCCUUGUUGAUGGAGAUGUGGCAAAUUGGAUCGUGGAAAGUUGUACCGCAUCGUCUAGCAGGCCCAGGCUUUUUGCAUUUCCAGCACAGUCUGAUCUGACUGGCCGUCGUCUUCCGCUUCAUUGGUGUGAUGCAAUCCGUAACACAGGUGGCAAAGGAGCAAGGAACGUAUUCAGCCUACUGGAUGCUGAAUGCUUUGUAUCCACAGCUCCUCUUGAUGUGAGCAAAACAGCCCCCGAUUUUGUGGCUCUCAGUCUCGCCAAAAUAUUUGGAUUUCCUGAUUUGGGUGCAUUGCUUGUUCGAAAAGAUACUGUGUAUGCCCUGGAUGGACGUAAGGCGUUCGGCUAUGGUUCGAUCAACAUGGUGAAAGCUUCUGGCGACAAAUGGUACGCGAAAAGAACAGCCUCAAUUCGAGAGCGUUUUGAAGACGGGACGCUUUCUCAUUCUAAAAUCAUCGCUCUGGGCACCGCUUUUGGCACUCAUGAGCGUUUAUACGGUUCGAUGGCCAAUAUCUCAGCCCAUACCUCGUGGCUAGCUGGGGAAGCCUACGAUCGGCUCUCUGUAUUGCGACACUUCAACGGAACCAAGCUAUGUCAAAUAUACCGGUCUGAAUAUGGAAAUCCAAGAUUACAAGGCCCAGUCAUUGCUUUGAAGUUGAGUAACAGCCGAGGGAUCGGGAUUCCCAGCGCGGAUGUCAAAGAACUGGCAGCGACAAGGGAUAUUCAGCUGUAUGUGGACUCAGCCUGCAACCUGAAUGGAACAGCGUCGUCUUUAAUGUGCACCCGUACUGGCCGUCAGCGAUUUUAUGCAGCAACCCCUGGUUGUUGCGGUGAUGACCAUGAUGUGCUAGUAGGUCGACCGACCGGCGCCCUCCGUAUCAGCUUGGGUGCAAUGACCAGUCUCAACGACAUUACUGUCCUGGUUUCCUUCCUUCACGAUACCUACGUGGAGGAAGGACCAGACACUACUCACUUGCUUCCUCCUCAACCAAGCGUUAAACCAUUCGCUGCUCAACUUUUCGUUGAAGCCCUGACAGUUUUCCCCAUUUUGGGCUGUGGUGGUUACAGUAUUCCCAUGGGCAAACGAUGGGAAAUCCACGAAAAUGGGUUGGCUUGGAAUCACACAUGGUGUCUAAUACAUGACGCCACAAAUGAGAUCCUGGAGAGCCAUAAGCAUCCUCGCAUGUUAGAAAUUCGUCCGACUGUUCAGCUCCAUCAUCGCGUUCUUCACCUUUCAUGUUUUAAGUGGACUGGACCGAAUCAAUUUAAUGUCAAGAUUCCGCUUCCUGUUGCACAGCCCAACCAACGGUGCAGACCAAGCACCGAAUCUGUCAGGCGGCACAAGGAUAUACUGUGGGUGCAGAAAUAUGAUAUUAGUCCCGUCAAGACGUUCUUCUCGAAGGUCUUGGGUGAACCUUGCACCCUCGCCAUAAUCUGCUCGCAGCGCACGACUGAAACUCUGCCCCCAUCUCCUCCAAGUGGGACCUACCGAAGUCGACUACGGAGGGUCUUCAGACCAAAGGCAUCCUGGUCAUGCUUCUCUUGUGCCAAGUCUGAUAGAUGUUGCUCUUCCGUGUGCUCCGUCGAAAAAACCACGCCCAAAGUACUCGGAACUUCUCUGCAGUGUGAAUCUGUAACCAGGUUUUCCGAAGUAGAGAAUGAGUAUCUAAAUCAAACAUCUUUGGACUGUGAUGAGAAACAAGCGAAUAUCAUGGUGGGUGAGCAGCCAACGCGUUCAACGAACGAAAAGUACCCUUUUCGUCAGUGCCACUGGCCGACUAUCCGCAUUGGGCCUAGUAAGGUUCAAUUUGACUCUGCGCGAAAAGUCGGGCCAGUUGAUCAUGAAUUGCUCGAAGCCAACAAACCAUCUGUCAGUGUGGGCGUACGUCAAUUUACUGGCCACAUUACAUAUGAGAACUAUACGAUCCAAUCACCGAAGGGAGACAAUGGCCACAGAAGAACAAUUGCUGCCGGGGACAUGGUUGUACCUGUACAAUAG